AUGAACAAAAAGGAGAAAAAAAAGCUGCGUUACAUGACCAAGGAGAAACAGUACUCCAUCGAAGAAAUUGAUAAAAUUGAUGUAAAACGAUACAACGAAUUGUCUAGAUAUUCCAAAAACAAAAAUAAAAGAAAUGCUCUAAAGGGAAAGGCAUAUGUGAAGAAAUUAAUUCUCCGUAAACAAAAGAAAGAUGAAAUAAAAAAAAAGAAAUCUUUAAACAUUCCUGUGGAGAAAAAAAUCCCCAGAAGUAUAGAACGGCUAGCCAUCUUUGAUGAAAAUAAAAUUAACGCGGAAAAUGAAAAAUUUUUAUUAAAUGAAAAAUGUAUAGACGAAUUUAGUGAUUAUUUUAAACAGGGGAAAGAACCAAACAUUGUUAUAACGUCCAUAAAGAGACCAUCGAAAAACACCAUUUUGUUUAUGAAAGAAUUGUCGUUAACAUUUCCUCAUAUUUUUUAUGAACCAAGAUUGGAUCAUUCAAUUGAAUUUCUUAUGAGUAAUUCCGUGCAGAAUAAUUUUUCCACUUUUAUCUUAAUCGAAGAGGGAAUAGACAAGCACCCUAAGUAUAUGUUCAUAUCAACUUUGCCCAACGGCCCCACGGCGAAAUACUCACUCACCAAUGUUUUAUAUGCACAUAAGAAGAAGACUGACAUUGAAAUAACGACUUUGCCACCGGAGGUCUACAUCACCAACUUUAAUACCUUCAUUGGGGAACGGAUAAAGCGUCAGCUCCACACCUUGGUUCCCUUCAAGCCUGCAUAUAAAUCACAGAAGGUCGUCGUUUUUUACAAUCAGCGAGAUUUUAUCUUUUUUCGCCACUUUAAGUACAACUUCCUCAACAAAAAGAAAUGCACAUUGAACGAAAUUGGCCCGGGUUUCACCCUACAGCUCCUCAGUCUUAAGGAUGGGCUGAUUAACGAUAAGGAGAAAAUGUACGAGUUUGUGCUACGCCCAGAUAUGAAGGUUAACAGGAAGAAGAUGUACUUGUAA